AUGGGAGGUGGCAGCGUGGGAGGUGACACUGUGGGAGGUGAUGACAUCACCGUGGGGGGUGACACCGUGGGAGGUGACACCAAGGGGGGUGAUGACAUCACCAUGGGGGGUGACACCGUGAGAGGUGACACCGAAGCAGGAGAUGUCACCAUCAUGGGAGGUGUCACUGUUGGAGGUGCCCAUGAGGGAGGUGACACCACGGGAGGUGACACUGUAGGAGGUGACACCGAAGUUGAAGGAGGCGUCACCAUUGGAGGUGCCACCACCGUGGGAAAUGUCACCAUUGGAGAUGUCACCAUGGGAGGUGACACCAUUGGAGAUGUCACCAUUGGAGAUGUCACCAUUGAAGAUGCCACCACUGUGGGAGGUGUCACCAUUGGAGCUGUCACCAUGGGAGGUGCCACCACCGUGGGAAGUGUCCCUGAGGCAAAUGUCACCACUGGAGAUGUGACUGUGGGAGAUGUCACCGUUGGGGAUGUCACCAGGCGAGAUGUCACCACCGUGGGAGAUGAUGCCAUAGGAGAUGUCAUCAUGGGAGGUUUCACCACCGUGGGAAAUGCCACCGUGGGACGUGCCACCACUGGAGGUGCCACCGUUGGAGAUGUUAUCAUUGGAGCUGUCACUGUGAGGGAUGUCACUGUUGGAAAUGUCACCGUGGGAGAUGUCACCACUGUGGGAGGUGUCACUGUGGGAGGUGACACCACGGGAGAUGUCACCAUUGGAGAUGCCACCGUGGAGGCACCAUGGAGGCUGACACCACGGGAGGUGCCACCACCGUGGGAAGUGUCCCUGAGGAAAAUGUCACCACUGGAGAUGCCACUGUUGGAGGUGUCACCACUGGAGAUGUCACCAAGGGAGAUCUCACCAAGGGAGAUGUCACCAAGUGACACCACUGGAGGUGACACCAUUGAGGAUGUCACCAUUGGAGAUGUCACCGUGGGAGGUGCCACCGCCGUGGGAAAUGUCCCUGAGACAAAUGUCACCAUUGGAGAUGUCACCAUUGGAGAUGCCACCACUGUGGGAGGUGUCACCAUUGCAGAUGUCACCAUGGGAGGUCACUCUCUGGGAGGUGCCACCGCCGUGGGAAGUGUCCCUGAGGCGAAUGUCACCGCUGGAGAUGCCAUCAUUGAGGGAGGUGACACCAUUGAGGAUGUCACCGUUGGAGAUGUCAUUGUUGGAGAUGUCACCAUUGUGGGAGGUGUCACUGUGGGAGGUCACACUGUGGGUGGUGUCACCACCGUGGGAAGUGUCCCUGAGGAAAAUGUCACCAUUGGAGAUGUCACCAUUGAAGAUGUCACCAUGGGAAGUGACACCAUUGGAGGUGUCACCAUGGGAGGUCACUCUCUGGGAGGUGCCACCAGCGUGGGAAGUGUCCCUGAGGCAAAUGUCACCAGUGGAGAUGUCACCGUGGGAGAUGUCACCAUGGGAGGUGACACCACUGUGGGAAAUGUCCCUGAGGAAAAUGUCACCAUUGGAGAUGUCACCAAGCGAAAUAUCACUGUCGAGGGAGGUGCCACCACUGGAGAUGUCACCGUUGGAGAUGUCACCAAGGGAGAUCUCACCGUGGGAGGUGUCACCACCAUGGGAAGUGUCCCUGAGGAAAAUGUCACCACUGGAGAUGCCACUGUUGGAGGUGUUGCCACUGGAGAUGUCACCAUUGGAGAUGUCACCAUGGGAGGUGUCACCACUCAGGAAGGUGACACCAUUGGAGGUGCCACCACCGUGGGAAGUGUCCCUGAGGAAAAUGUCACCAGUGGAGAUGCCACUGUUGGAGAUGUCACCAUUGGAGAUGUCACCAAGGGAGAUGUCACCAUGGGAGGUGCCACCACCAUAGGAAAUGUCCCUGAGACAAAUGUCACCAUGGGAGAUGUCACUGUGGGAGGUGCCACCACUGCAGAUACCACCGUGGGUGGUGUCGAUGUCACCACGGGCGGUGUCGAUGUCACCGUGGGCAGUGUCGGUGUCACCGUGGGAGGUGUCGAUGCCACCAUGGGCAGUGUUGAUGUCACCAUGGGCGGUGUUGAUGUCACCAUGGGCAGUGUUGAUGUCACCAUGGGAGGUGUCGGUGCCACCGUGGGCGGUGCCACCGCUGUCCCCUCGGUGUCCCCUCAUGUCCAGGCUGUGCUGGGCCCGAGCUGGGGGGUCCCUCAGGGCCGGGGGGGUCCGGGGGGGUCCAACGGUGUCACCAUGGCUGGACACG